UAACCUGGCAACGUAACAGAGCAUGGACGAGGAAGAGAUGGAGGAGAGAGGGGAAGGGGAGGAAGAGGGAGAGGAAGAAGAGGUUGAGGAGGCAGUUCUAACGAAAGAGAUAGCGGGGGAGAGCCUCUCAUUGCUGGCUAAAACUGGCAAUGGGAUGGCACAUGCCUACGUGCGGAUGGACCUCAGGGACAAGAAACUGACAGAUAUUGGAAUUCUCAGUUGCUAUGUUCACGUUCGAUAUCUGGACAUUUCCGGCAACAAUCUGACAGAUAUGAGCUCCCUGAAUGCCCUACCACAACUGCUCAGUGUGAGGGCUGACAAGAACAAAAUCACCUCUCCUAAACUACAGGAGAUGCAGUAUUUACAGAUACUAAGUUUGGCUGGGAACAGAUUAAUCUCAACAGGAGGCAUCGCCCAUCCUCUCCUGGAGACACUCAACCUGUCAUCCAAUCAGAUUACAGAGCUGGCCGACCUCGACGACCGCCACCUCCCCAGUGUCAGGUCCCUCGAUCUCCACGGCAACCAACUCUCGUCUGUUGCCGGGAUACAGUUGCCGUCACUACAGAAACUCUACAUUGCCUCCAAUAAACUAAGUAGUCUAGAGGGACUGAGCUCUCUGAGGCAACUGACCACUCUUCAUGCCAGAGACAAUCAAGUCGCCUCAUUGGAGGGGCUCACCCCCAGCAUGGCUGCCCUGCAGUACCUCAACCUCAGGUCUAAUCACGUGGCAGACAAUGCAGAGGUUGUUAAGCUCCGCCCACUUCCUCUGCUGCGUGGACUAGUACUGGCUGAUUGUCCUAUUAGUGAAAUCGACGAUUACCGUCUCGAGGUGCUGGUGGCUCUUCCAAAGUUGGAGCGGCUGGACAAAGAAGAGUUUACGGAAGACGAACGAGCAGACUCAGAAGAGGUGUCACAAGAAAGACAAGCAGCCGCAGCCGCUGAAGAAGAUGCAUAG